AUGGGCUCCGUGGCAGGAACACACACACUGCUGCUACUGUUACACUAUUAGUGCCGUGAAGGAAAAAAAAGAAAGAAAAAAAUGCAAGCAUCUUUUAGGCUGUCAAUUGUGUAUUUUUUUUUCCUUUGGAGUUGAAGGCUAAAUAACAUUUUUGAACAGCUGUGAUUCCUCUUAAAUUGGAUUUGUUUUGUUUUUUUUUUCUUUCUUUUUCCUUUUUUUUUUCCUGGCAUUAAUUUUAAAAGAUAAGGAUUAUUUUUUUUGUUAGCUGAUUUCCCUCUUGAUUCUGCAGAGAUUAGCAGAAGGUCAGGAAUUACAAGAGAACGCAAGAAAGCAAAGGGGGGAGCGACAGACCUUCGCUGGUGACCUUCAAGUCCAGGGGGAUAUAUAUAUACAUAUAUUUUUUAUUCCCUCUUUGUUUUUUGGACAUCGGCAAACGACAUGGCUGGAGGAGUCCAACCGAGCCCCGGGGAGCUGGACCAAUGACUCUUGGGACGUCCGUUUGGGAGUUAGCCACUGUUCCCGAGAGAGCGGCACUGGGGAAAUGCCCACCGGGGUGGAUUUUUUCGGCGCGCAGAGGGCUGGACCGGCCCGGCGGUAGAGCUCUAGCAGGGGAACCCGGCGGGGCGCGCGCCCGCCCUCACGGACAUCACCGGGGCUUCUGGGAAGGCGAAUGAUCUCCCCGAGGAGACGCGAGAGCCGCCGUUCUCAUCCCCUUCAAAGAGAGGAGCCUCCCAGGCGUACAAAGGGCUCUAAUUUGUGUCGCGGCUGCUGGCCUUGACAACAAAGGGAUCCUACGCGCGAGGGAGAGGAGGAGGAGGGGGGGGGGUCGGAUUCAUUAUUCCCCCGAAAAUCGCAUUCCUGAGCAGGAGGAGUAGGAAGCUUAAGGUUUGUCUUCAAGCAGAGGCCCGUUUUUGGGGGGAAGGGUGGGCUUAGCUAUCAUGAGGAACCCUUUGUAAGGGAUGAACGCUCAAGAGUGGGGGGGGGGGGAGCGGACAACGGCAGGAGGUCAGCAGUACAAACAAGGAUCAGUUUGGCAAACACUGAUUUGACAGGAUAUUACCAAAGAGAGCCCCAGCCCACACUGAUACAUUGAUCAGCUCUUCCUGAAAGAAGAAAAGGGGUUGAAGCUCUACCUCAUAAGCUCUGAAUCAGCUUCCCAUAGGUCUUCUGCACCACAGAAGGAUUUGCCAGAUAUUUGUAAUCAGGGUGCUCACUCUGCUUCCACUCCGUAAGGAGGUAUAAAGAAUUCGGGAUGACCUGGAAGCACAGCUCCUGCGUCCUCUUCCUCAGCAGGGUGGGGGUAAUCCUGGGCCUGCUGAUCCCAGCGGCGAGGGCAACAUCCUGCCCCUCGUCGUGCCGCUGUGACGGGACGUUCAUCUACUGCAACGAUCGAGGCCUUACCUCCAUCCCCCUGGGGAUCCCCGAGGACGCCACCAUCCUGUACCUGCAGAACAACCGCAUCAACAGCGCAGGGAUCCCCGCAGAGCUUCGCAGGCUCGUCCAGGUGGAGAAGAUUUACCUGUACUGCAACAACCUGGAGGAGUUCCCCACCAACCUGCCCAGGAACGUCAAGGAGCUGCACCUGCAGGAGAACAACGUCCGGACUAUCACUCACUCCUCGAUGGGCCAGAUCCCCUUCAUUGAGGAGCUGCACCUGGACGACAACUCAGUCUCGGCCGUCAGCAUCGAGGAAGGGGCGUUCCGGGACAGCAACCACCUCCGGCUGCUCUUCCUGUCCCGGAACCACCUGAGUUCCAUCCCCCUGGGCCUGCCCACGACCAUCGAGGAGCUGCGAUUCGACGACAACCGCAUCUCCUCCAUCUCCGAGGAGGCCCUGCAGGACCUCAUAAACCUCAAGCGGCUGGUGCUGGAUGGCAACCUGCUCAACAACAAGCGGAUCGGGGAGAUGGCCUUCAUCAACCUGAUCAACUUGACGGAGCUCUCGCUGGUGCGCAACUCCCUCACCUCCCCGCCCGCUAACCUGCCCGGUACCAGCCUGGAGAAGCUCCAGCUGCAGGACAACCACAUCAACCGGGUCCCGCCGGGGGCCUUCGCCUUCCUGCGCCAGCUCUACCGGCUGGACCUUUCCGGAAACAACCUGAGCAGCCUCCCCCUGGGUGUCUUCGACGACCUGGACAACCUCACCCACCUGCUCCUGCGAAACAACCCCUGGUACUGCGACUGCGGGAUGAAGUGGGUGCGGGACUGGCUGCGCUCCCUGCCGUCCAAGGUCAACGUGCGGGGCCUAAUGUGCCAGGGCCCCGACAAGGUCAAGGGCAUGGCCAUCAAGGACCUGGCCACGGACCUCUUCAACUGUGCGGCGGCCGACAUCCCCCCGACCUAUGAGACCGGUACUGUUUCGAAUAACCUGCCCCCUUCCAGAGGACAGUGGCCUGUGUUUGUCACCAAAAGACCGGUAGUCAAGGGGCCGGACUUAAGUAAACAUUACCGCGGCCCUACGCCGUCGGGGAAGAAGAUCACCAACAUCGUCGUGAGGUCCGCCGGAGCGGAGACCGUGCACAUUUCCUGGGAGGUGGCCCAGCCGAUGACCGCACUGAGGCUGAGCUGGCUCAGGAUGGGUCACAGCUCCUCGUUUGGGUCCAUCACGGAGACCAUCGUCCAGGGCGAGAAGACCGAUUACCUGCUGACCGCCCUCGAGCCGGACUCCUCUUACCGGAUAUGCAUGGUUCCUAUGGAAACCAGCAACGUUUACCUUUCCGACGAAGCGCCCGUCUGCAUAGAAACGGAAACCGGAUCCCUGAGGGCCUACAAGCCCACCACGACCCUCAACCGGGAGCAGGAGAAGGAGCCUUACAAAAAUUCCAACCUGCCGCUGGCGCCGAUUAUUGGCGGAGCCGUGGCGUUUCUGGCGAUCAUCGUCCUGGCGCUGGUGUGCUGGUACGUUCACAGGAACGGCUCCCUCUUUUCCAGGAACUGCACCUACAACAAAGGCCGCCGGAGAAAAGACGACUACGCGGAGGCGGGAACCAAGAAGGACAACUCCAUCUUGGAAAUCCGAGAGACGUCAUUUCAAAUGAUACCGAUAAACCAUGGGAUUGUUUCCAAGGAAGAGUUUAUAAUACACACAAUUUUCCCGCCGAACGGCUUGAGCCUGUACAAGAGCCCGCACAGUGACAACAACAGUUGCAACAGAAGUUACAGAGACAGUGGAAUACCAGAUUCAGAUUACUCCCAUUCAUGAUAAUGAAUACGGAUCUGAGACUUCUUACUGCAAAACAGGCGACUCGGAAACCGGUGGGUCUUCGGCAAAACACUGGAUUCGAAAAAGACUGGAGUCGCAAUGUUCUGUACAUUUUCCAUAUUUAUAUUUAUGGACUUUUUACUGAGGAAGAAAGGUUUAGAUUGCAGGUAACUACCUUGCAGUCAGUGUAUAUUGCCACUAACUGCGAUUCUAUAUUUUAGAAAUUUGUAGUAAUUUGCACUGUAUUUUCCUUGCUCGAGAUUUCUGACAAAUUCAAGGUGUUCUACUGAAAAAAAUGACUUGUCAACUGUGAAAGUGGGUUUUUAUUAUCGUUGUUGAACAAUCAGACUUCUUGAAAUUAGAAGUGAAGGGGGGAAAAAAAAACUCAUCUAAGCACAGGUAAUUUUCCCUUGUGGAUAGCAGAAAAAAUUUCAAAUGUAACAAAAUCAGGUUAAAUCUUCAAAAGCAUGAAAAUAAAAUU